UUGAGAAAGAGUUACAGUAUAGCUUGAUCAGUUUAAGUAGCUGUCAUUGUGGAAGACAUAAAUUGUUUUCUCAUGGUUUAAGUCUUAUACAUUUAACUGUAAUGUUUGAAAUUAGCCAUUGAUUUUAUAGCUAUUUUGCGUGUGUGGUUUUUAAAAAAAAGUCAGGUUAUUCGGGUUGUGUAUUUUACAGUAAACUGGUCUCGGAGUGGGUAGUUAUAAACUAGGCUCUAUCCUUUGCUGUCAUAGUAAAGGAGUUCGCAGCGGAUUGCCACAUAGUUCUCACUGUUUCUUCAUAAGUCUAAUUUGAGUUAUUGUUUUGCUUCUUGUACGGGUGUGACUGUUAACUUGGAUUACGUAUUGGACUACGCAGCAAAGGAUGGCUGAAUCUCAGCAACCGCAGAUGAUAUUUUGUGACGAUUCUCCAAAAAGAGUACUUGUGUCAGUAAUCAAGACUACCCCCAUCAAGCCUAAGCGGAUGGAGUCUAUGAUUCCUACCAGUCCUGGAUUCAGCGAUUUUAUGGUUUAUCCUUGGAGAUGGGGUGAAAACGCUCAUAAUGUAACUUUAAGUCCAGGACCUGGGAGUGGGGCAGCUUCUCCCACAGCUAACAGUAGAAGCAGUGGGGUGGAGAUGCCUUGUAGUCCAGAUUCUGCACUGAAGGAUAGCAUAAGGCGUGGACGUCCAAGAGCAGAAAUGGUUCGAGAUCUGAUACACGAAGGAGAGCAUUCCUCUAGUCGGAUCCGUUGUAACAUCUGCAGUCGUGUGUUUCCAAGAGAAAAGUCUCUUCAGGCACACAAAAGAACACACACUGGUGAAAGACCUUACCUUUGUGACUAUCCAGAUUGCGGCAAAGCCUUUGUACAAAGUGGUCAGCUGAAGACGCACCAGAGGCUACACACAGGAGAGAAGCCUUUUGCUUGUUCUGAAAGUGAAUGUUCGAGCAGGUUUACGCAUGCAAAUCGCCACUGUCAAAAGCAUCCAUAUGCAAGGCUGAGACGUGUAGAACCCACAGGUGGACAAUGCAAAUUGCAAAUGGUCAACAAUAAAGAUGUUGCAGAGUGGUUAGAAAGGUACUGGCAAACCAGAGAACAGAGAACCACAAAUGUAAAAGGGAAAACAGUGCAGAAGACUGAUCAAGAACAGCAGGAUCCAAUGGAGUACAUGCAGUCUGAUGAUGAUGAUGAUGAGAAGACUAAUUCAGGGCACACUGCAGCACGCCAUUGCAUUCAGGAGCAGCGUGAGCGCCUUCGCGUGGCUUUGGCCCUAAUUGAGUUGGCCAACCCUGCGGAAUCACAGCUUUCAGUAGUCUCUCUCAAAAACUGAACAUGCACAUGUGUUAACAGCCUGGCAGUACUUGAUUUCAAGUACUGUUUGGCACAAGCUAAGCACCUUACUUGCUUCUAAUAGGCUGCUAUUACGUAGAAAUAUGUAUACAUAUAUAUAUCGUGUAUAUAUAUGAAGAAUGUUCCUUGCCUCAUUUAGUGGGUAAGAAAGAUUUGCACUUUGGUAAAAGAUUGUUGUAAAGUUUUAAGUGUUUUGUAUAUAUGGACUACACACUGAAGGGUAAACGGAAGGGUAAAAGACCCAUAAACUUUGUAUGCUCAUGACAUGUGACAAUUUUAGGGAAGGCACUUGUAAAGUUGAGAAGCUUUAUUUAUUCUAGAAAUAAUCUCAUGUUUUCUGUAUACAUUGUCCAGUUUUUAAUACGUUUGCAGCUCUGUUUGUUACUUAUUUAUGGACUGUUUUGUAUGGUGGGGUUUCAAACACGGUGAAAGAAACUAUACUACAUUUUGAGAAAACAUUGGUUAUGAAAUUACUAAAAAAUUUUCCUCCACACUGUACGUGGCAGUCAUAUAGUUUCUCAUUCCCUCCAGUACAGCUCUUUGAGUGUACCUUUAACUCCCCAGUGGGCGUGGUUUGAGCCUUAAAAAAUGAAAUUAUCACCUUACAGUUCUAACAAAUACUCAUUGACUGAGGUCAAAUAUCAAUUCAGUUGUGUUUGCCAUCAUGUAUGCUUCAAGAUAAAAUAUUCUGAUACCUUGUAUGUAGCGUGGUUUUGGAAUUAUUAAUGCAAAUAUGAGUAAGCAAUAUUUGAUCCCUAGAGGUACAGUAAGUUGGAGGUAACUGCAUAAACACCUGGAGGCGCACUCUGCUGUUAAGAAGUCUUGUCAAAAUGAGGCUUGCAGGCACUGGUUCUGAUGUAGCACACUUAAAACAUUUUUUUUUUUUUUUUUAAUUGUACGUUAAGAAUGUUUGUUAUACAAUAUUCCUCUGUUCCGAAGUAAUCACCAUAUUUCAUGUUAGCUUUGCUUGCACUUUUCCCACUGAAUCAUUUGAUUUAAUAAUCAGCACCCUAGCCACAAACACACCUACAUAGAUUUCAAACUGGUACAUUGACAGUGCUAUGAAUGGGCAGUCUGAGCCAUGCCUUCUGAACAAGAAAAGCAUUCUUGUAUAAUUUUCAGAAAAAUCCCGACAUAGGAAAGCCUUACCCAUUCCCCAGUUUGGGAGGGAGUUUUGCUAACUUCACCUUCACUCAUGUUUGAGACCUCACUUGUCAAGAUUGUGUGGCCCUUUAAAAAUUGAUGCUGGCACUUCAGUACAAAUAAAAGUGUAACUUAACUUCAGACAGCAGUUUUUGUUCUAGCAUAUAAGCAAAUGAGUAAGUUUUAUCAGAACUUGGCACUUGGAUUCUAACCUUGGCUGAUUCUGGUUCUUGCCUCUUUAAAUAUUGAGCACUUGGGCAUGCAGUGUCAAGACCACUAUGUGGUAUUUCUUCCCUCCUCUACAGGCCCUGCAGUGAGAGUUGGCACUUCUGUUUUUAUUGUGAAAGUUUUUUUUUAAUUGGGUGGCAUUGACAUGUAGUAAUCUAUUUUACAUUUCUGAUUGCAACACUAAAUAUUUAAUGUUUUGCUUGUAUAGAGCAUUCUAGCUAGAAACCUUGUUAGCAGGCUUACAGUGCACUUGCAUAAAGCAUCAUUAUUGCUAUAAUGUGGCAUAAUAUGACAGUUUUCUUUCUAAAAUUAGCAAGAUGCUUUUUGAUUUAGGGUUUCUGUGUUAGAUUGUAUAUUUCGCACAAAAAGAGAGCACUUAAUUUGUAGUAGAAAAUCCUGCAGGCAGAUUACAUAGUAUGUUAAGUAUAAUGUUAUCUUGGGUAGAACAAAAAAGGUGAAGAUUGCCACCUUUUAUUAAACAAGCCAGUUGGAGGCAGCACCCUAUUUAAUGCAUCCUCUAAAGUGGAAUUUGUGAAAGCAGUUAUUUUUUGUGGAGUAGUCUCUGGGGCAAAUUGGCAUCUUUAAAUGACACCUUUUAAGAAUGGCAUGUGCCUAUUGAAAGUUGAAAAUGAUUAUGUACAUCACUGUCUGCAUGGCACAGAGCCAUAAUGUAGGAACCCACAUCAAAAAAGUGGCUAAAUGUGAGUAAUGGGUUUUAUGAGUUAAUUUGGGGUUGUAUGAGCCUAUGUCUUAGAUAGUAGAUGCACCAUAAAGUAUUUAUUGUACAGGGAGCAGAGAUUUUUCUCUCCUUUUAGUAAGCAAAGGGUGCUGGUGAAGGUUUGCUAUAUGAUACAUCAACCCACCUUUUUGUGCUUGCAUUUAUUUUCAUUAGAAGUACAAUAAAGGAAGACUGGCAUUUUUUCAUUUUACUGGAAGAUCUGUUUUGAAAGGCUAAUUCAUUCUCAGCUUUGUAUUUUUGCUAAGACUAUAUUGUAAGGGUAUCCUUGCAUGACUAAAUUUCAUUACUGUUUGGUAAUAGAGCCAGCAUGCAUUUAGGAGAUUUUUGUAGUUUUCUCAGCAGACUAACUUCACUAAGCUCCAGCUGUCUUUCACAGAUUUCUGCGAAAGACCACAUUAGCACAACUUGUUAAUUCUCUGUAGCCUUCAGCUGAAAUUUUAUUAAAAUUUAUAUACGAUUAAUAAUGGUUUAUGUUCUUUGGCUUUAUUCCACAGUUGCCUUGUUGCUGUAAAUAUUUUUAAUUCUGUGCUUACCACACAGUAUGAAUGAGGACUGUUUAAUAUUUUUUACUCUUGUAGGUGCAGUUUGUUGCUGGAUUGUUUGUUGUAGUUCCAGAGAUGUAAACUGAAGAUGGUUCUGAAAUUUGCACUGCCUGAGUUCUUUGCCCUUUCUACUUGAUUUAUCAUGCUGCCAUCGCAGCUAACUUGAAACAGUGAAAGGGGGUACAGUGUAUAAUGGAUGUAGCCUUGCUACAUUAUUUCCUUCUGUCCUAAUUUCAUUUGUACUGAUGACUCCCCUUUUUUCUGUUUUAGGAACAUUGUGGGUUGGGUACCUAGCUGUUGCAUAAUGAGGUGCGGUAUAAUUCCCUGGCUGGUAGGAAAGGUUAAGAGAAUUUUGGCUGUGAAGGCACAAAUGUUGAAUGGAGGAAAAUACCAUUGAUUUACUGAAAAACCUGAUUUUCUUUAGUUUUUAGUUCUUUAGUGCAUGAAUCAAGAAUAAGUAUUCAUCUGCUUUCCAAUUUUUUCAGAGGGCACUCUAGAUCAGAUGCAUAGCUGCCUAGUCAUUGUUAAAUAUUUCCAUAAAUCUGACGGCCAUUAUUUUUUCAUGACAUAACCAGCAAAAUACCCUGCCAUGGAAGCAGGCAGGUUACUAUAACAUUUAUGUACUCAUUUUAUCAUAGUGCUAAUCAUUACUAUGUUAAGACGUGAUAAUGCAAUAAUACUGCAUUCUGUUUCCAGCAGUAAUGACCGUGUUGCUGGAUAUUAAAGUAUUUUUUUGUAACAUUUAUAAGCAAUUGUUCCAUCUGCUAUGAUAUUUCAAGGAGGUGGUGUGUUACAUUAUUUUAAGUGUAAUUUGAUCCCAGUAAAUGACUGAAUGGUGUACCCCAUGUUAGAAAAAGUAUUAAUGAGUGUGUCUGCUUUUAAUAUUUACAGUUGCUGUCUUACUUAAUGGAGCUUUGUGUAAAAGGGAAGCAGAAUAUUGCUACUUAAUUCACUAAACAGAGAUUUGCAAAGGAAACAAGGCAGUUUAGCCAAUUUCUUUUGAUAUAGAGGGGAAAAAGGUGAUUACAGCCCAUUAAAUUUCUGUUUAAUUACAUUUAUGGUGUUGGUGUUUAAGCACAGCUACCAUUUUGUCAUCUCAUUGCAGAUGUUUUGGGAGUGUAUGAUUUGGUUUGAAUGCAGCUAGCAGUGUAAUUAAAUUGCCUUAAGCUUCUUUGGGGAAAAGUAAUAGCUUUCACAAGUUUUGUGUUACCUGUUUAAAUGCAGUUUUGAAUGGGAUUGUUCUGGAAAUAUGAAGUAUGUAAUGUUUAAUAUUAAGUGCUUCAAAUAAAACCUGCAUAUAAAUGCUU